CACGCGCGCACACGCACUCCCUCUCGGAGCCGGACGGCGCAGGCAGCCCCCCUUGGCGGGACAGAAGAAGACACAUCAAGGCGUCCUGCAAGGCGUUGCAGCCCGCUCUGGCCGUAGACCUAAAAUCGCCUUACUUUGCCAACAUGGGAGACAUGGGGGAUCCACCGAAAAAAAAACGGCUGGUGUCUCUGUGCGUGGGCUGCGGGAACCAGAUCCACGACCAGUACAUCCUGCGGGUCUCCCCAGAUCUGGAGUGGCACGCCGCCUGUCUCAAAUGCGCCGAGUGCAGUCAGUACCUGGACGAGUCCUGCACGUGCUUUGUCAGGGACGGAAAGACAUACUGUAAACGGGACUACAUCAGGUUAUACGGGAUUAAAUGCGCUAAGUGCAACAUCGGUUUCAGCAAGAACGACUUUGUAAUGAGGGCCCGAUCCAAAGUCUACCACAUCGAAUGUUUCCGCUGUGUGGCCUGCAGCAGACAGCUCAUCCCGGGGGACGAGUUCGCUCUGCGCGAAGACGGCCUCUUCUGCCGAGCAGACCACGACGUGGUGGAGCGGGCCACUCUGGGACACGGAAACCCGCUCAGUCCGCUACACCCCGCCAGACCUCUGCAAAUGGCAGAACCCAUCUGCGCCCGACAGUCUGCGCUUCGGCCUCACAUCCACAAACAGCCAGAGAAGACGACUCGGGUCCGGACAGUACUCAACGAGAAGCAGCUGCACACUUUGCGAACUUGCUACAACGCCAACCCGAGGCCCGAUGCUCUGAUGAAAGAGCAGCUGGUGGAGAUGACUGGCCUGAGCCCGCGCGUGAUCCGAGUCUGGUUCCAGAACAAGCGGUGCAAAGACAAGAAGAGGAGCAUUCUGAUGAAGCAACUGCAGCAACAGCAGCCAAACGACAAGACGAACAUCCAGGGAAUGACAGGCACGCCGAUGGUGGCGGCCAGCCCGGAGCGGCACGACGGCGGCAUCCAGGCCAACCCCGUGGAAGUGCAGAGCUACCAGCCGCCCUGGAAGGUCCUCAGUGACUUUGCUCUCCAGAGCGACAUCGACCAGCCCGCGUUUCAGCAACUGGUCAGUUUUUCGGAGGGUGGACCGGGUUCGAACUCUACUGGCAGCGAGGCGGCGUCCAUGUCAUCCCAGCUUCCGGACACACCGAACAGCAUGGUGUCAAGUCCCAUUGAGGCCUGAAUCCAAAAGGCUUUUCGGACAGACUGAACGUCCUCAUGUGCGUCUCAUCCCGCCAGACUGCACCAAACGACCAACGCGGUUGUAUUUUUUUAUUUUUUAUUUUUUGACGCUGUGAAGACAAUCAUGGGAUUUUACCAUCGACACCCAAUUCUUAAAUCCACGCAGAAGAGAGAAACUUGCAACACUCAAGUCGACGCUGCUUGCCCAUACGGUUUAUUUUUAUUUUUUAUUUAUUUUUUUGCCAAAAGAAGACACAAACCGGGCGCCGUUAACUUUGGACUUCUGAGCGGGAGACGAAUUUCGCCCCCCCCCCCCUACUGUGCGCUACUUUGCUUUUCUUUUUAAUUCGAUAAAGUCAUCAUUCUCUUCUUUUUUUUCUUUCUCUCUCUCUCUCAAGGAAAAGCUCUGUUUUUCUUCACUGAUUCCAUGAUUUCAUUCAUGACCCAAGUACUAAAAGCAUUUGCAACAAGGUAUACCUCUAUUUCGCCACAAGGCUUCGUGGGACAUUUGUGUAAGUUCGGAUCGCCGGAGAAUAUUGUUUUCUUUUCCAAAGAUGUGUAUACGUAUGGAUCCAUAAGUUAAAUAUACGUUAGCUCUUUUUUUUUUGUUUCUGUGGAAAAUAAUAUUUAUUAUUUAUUGUCAACAAAAUUGCCACGUUUUGUGUAAAUUUAUUAACUGAAGUAAAAUGAGGUUUGAUCAGUUUUGUUUUUUGUUCUCACGCUAAUUGCGGCAUUAUUAUUAUAAUUAUAAAUAAUUUGCAGAGCGCAACAUCUCUGCAAUUUACCCCUUAAUUUCGAAGAAAGAAAUAAGUGGGCGUCUGAUUGAAGCAGAUGUUUUAAUGGGAUUUGCCUUCAGAAUUUAAACUGGUUUAGGGAUAAGAGUUUUUGACAGUUAUAUCCUGGAUUAUAAUUGCUUAUUUAUUCAUAUAUUUAAAUAUACGUGUUUUAUUUAUGUCUGUGAUAGUCAUAUUUAUUGAUUGGGAUACGCGCAGUUUUGAUAAAAUCCACUUAUUGUAAUUUAAUGAUGUGAAUCAAAUGCCACCACAUUUUUGGGGUUGUUUACCCCCCUGACGACAAAUGCGAUUUUUUUUUGGGGGGGGGAGGGUUUGAAAAAAAAAACAACAAAAAAAAAAAACGGAUCAAUCCAGGCACUGAACUCUUUGUCACAAAAUAAA